AUGAAGCGGAGCCGGGGCGGCGGGGAAUCAGCCGGUCAGCGUUUCUAAACAUGAGCAGCGCUGACUGACUCCUCUGAGUCUCUGUUUUACUGCAAUGGAGCCGAAACCAGAGGACCGGACCGCAGGAACCAGGUAUCAGCUGCUGGACCUGCCCUGGGAGGACAUCUUGGUGACGCAUGUGCUGUGUUACCUGCCUUUGCGGCAUCUGGUCAGCCUGCAGUGUGUGAGCAAGACUUUUCGCUCUCUUGUUCAGGUUUACCUGGCCAACUGUCGCACGUUCGACCCUGCACAGACAGGUCCUCGUAUUCCGAAGGAAGCUUUCUGCUCCAUGCUCCGCGACAACAAAGUCCUCCACAGCCUCUCUGUUCAUGGCUGCUCUGACUGGAUCACUGAUAAGGAGCUGCUGCCUGUGAUUGGUCAGAACCAGCUGCUGCUGCGCGUGGAUCUGCGCGGUUGCGUCCGGCUGAGUCGUCACACGCUGGUGGCCGUGUCUCUGAGCUGCCCGCGCCUGCAGCACCUGUGCCUGGCACACUGCGAGUGGGUGGAUAACCUGGCGAUGAGGAGCCUUGCUGACCACUGCCCGGACCUGCGCUCGCUGGACGUCACCGCCUGCAGGCAGCUGAGGGAUGAAGCCGUGUGUUACGCCGUGGGAAAGUGGCCUGAACUGCGCUCACUAUCUGUAGCUGUAAAUGCAAACAUAACGGAUGUGGCUGUGGAGGAGGUCGCCAAGCGCUGCAGGAACCUGGAGCAGCUCGACCUGACUGGGUGUCUCAGAGUGCGCAACGAGGCCAUCAGGACUGUGGCGGAGUACUGCCCUAAACUGCAGUCUCUAAAGGUGAAUCACUGUCACAACGUCAGUGAGUCCAGCCUGGGCGUUCUGCGAAGAAGGAAUGUGGAGAUUGACGUGGAACCUCCCCUCCAGAGGGCACUAGUGCUGCUUCAGGACGUGGUGGGCUUUGCCCCCUUCAUCAAUCUUCAGAUAUAGCACCCUCACAGGGUAUACGUGUACCACACACCUCAGGAUAAGAGUGCUAAGCUACCAUCAAUUGCACCUGUGCAUAAAAGUAAACAUUAGGCUAAGAGUCCUAAAUCAGCACUCCAUUCCUGAGACAUGUGGUACAUAUGAUCCCUCAACAAGUGGAGGUUCAAACAGGUUAUCUCGUCAUCCUUGGUCCAUUUGGAGCAGCUGUCUGUGCUGGCACACUGCAUUGUGGUGGAGGAUGUACUUGCAUAACAGACGCAUUUCAUAUUUAGUUUAGUGUUUUAGAGCAGGAGUGUUUGUCCAAAUCUGGUCCUGGAGCUCCUGGAACACUGUUAGUGUUAGAAUUGGGUCUGGUGCAUUAUUACAGAGGGCUUUCCAGGAUUAGAGUUUCACACACUGCUAUUUUAGGAAAUUUUAGCUCUUAUAUUGAAUACAAAAACAAAUCUCUAAAUUUUCAGAACACUUGAAUUUUGAAUCUGUUCUACUUGACGUUUGCAUGUGUAAAUGCAAAAUGUAAAAAGCUAAUUAUACUAUAAGAAUUUAAGUCCUAAAGAGUUGGAUUGCUUUAGAAGUCCGCUGGAUUUCCUUUAUGCUUUACUUUGUGGUGAACACAAAGCUUUGUAUAAUUUUGCACUAAUGAGAGGCUGAAUGAUUCCAGCUGCACUUUCCUGAGUAUCUGUUUGUGGCAUACAUUUAAACUGUACUGUACAGGGGUUUUAGGCAUCUGAGCACUAUAUUAUUAUAAAUCAUUUCUCACAGCAGUAAGAUGUAUACUAUGAAAACACUAGAUCCAAUAAGAAAAGAUGACGGCCAACACAAACACAGUAAAAAGAAACAAAAGUCCAAGACAAACAAAACUCCAGAUUCCAGAUAUCUCCCAGAUGUUCUCAGCUUCUCAGUGGAUGUGUUCAAUUCCAUCUGCAUCUCACCUGUUUUUCCUUAAUUAAAUAAUGAAUAAUCAAACUAAAUGUUUGGUGAUGCCUAUGGCUGUGACAGAAAUGAAACCCUGCUCCCUCAUUAGUAGUGCACUACAUAGGGGGAAAUAAUUUAGUUUACUAAGUAGUGCUAGAAACAAAAGUGAAUUAAUUUCUCUUCCUCAUUGUUAACAUGUGUAAGCAUCAGUCACAUAAACACAUAUGUAACUGGCUCCACACUAUAACUUUUUAAUUGUUAUUUAUGUUGUUUACAAACAUAAACCUUAAUUUAAUGAACUUUGUUCUCUGCAGUGAGUGGCUCAAAACUAUCGCUGACUUGUUCACUGAUCAAGCAUUUACACCCAUUAUCCAUUUUAUCAGGAGCACUGAUCACACAGGAGCAGUUUGCAGUUCUAUAAUUACAGUGCGUGUUGUGCUGAUACGAGUGUAUCAGACACAGCAGUGCUGCUGGAGUUCUUAAACACUCCAUCCACUCACUGUUCACUCUAUUAGACACUCCUACCUAUAGCUGCUCCACCUUAUAGAUGUAGUAAAGUCGGAGACAGUAGCUCUGAAACUGUUGCUGCACAGUUUCUGUUGGUCUUUUUUUAAUCCUUCAGCAACUCUUGUUGUGAUCUACAGCAUUUAAUAUAAAUCAUUUGUGCAUUGUUAUAUAUAGUAUAUAGAAGGCCAACUACCCAACCCACUCAUUAGGACUCCCCCUAUCACUAGUGAUGCCCCAACACACCAGGAGGGUGAAGACCAGCACAUGCUUCCUCUGAUGCAUGUAAAGUCAGCCACCGCCUCUUUUUGAACUGCUGCUGAUGCAGUAUUGCCGAGUAGCAUCACAGCGCGCUCGGAGGAAAGCGCAGUGUUCUGAUACAUCAGCCCACAGAUGCCCUUUGUAGUGAUGUGGGGAGAGAGCGCCAUCUACCCACCCAGAGAGAGCAAAGCCAAUUGUGCUCUCUCAGGGCUCUGGAAGCUAAUGGUAAGCUAUAUAAACGGGAUUCGAACCAGCAAUCUUCCGUUCAUAGUGGUUGCACUUAAGUUUGCUGGACCACUCGGAGCCUUGUAUGAGGAGAUCUUUGGAGAUGUUUUAAUAGGCACAGUGAUGUAAGAGCACCACUUUUUGUAUUUGUUCUAAUAUUAAUGUUUUACUAAGUGUGCGCAACAGUUACUGCCCUGAGAAGGAGCUUUUUCAUGCUAGUUUUCAGAGAUGCCUGAAACCUUUGCACAGUACUGUACAUCACCAUUAGAUUGUGAGGUGUCCCAGUGGUCAUGGGAAUACAGUAGAUGAGCACCUUCCACACUUUAUCCUAUAAAUAGACCCUCAAACCCUAAAACAAGCUGUUAUUUCUGCACUGUACAACUGCUACUAAAUAAUCCAGACCUGGUGGCUAUAAAGUGACAUAGUGAGUUUGUAUAGACCUACAGAGAUGUAUAUAUUUAUUUACAUCACAUGAGAUAAAAGCAACAUCCAGGACUGAAAACUGGAGUCAAGGUCCAGAUUUAAAGACUUAAACGAUAGAAGAGCCAAUUUUGGCUUCUUUAUGGGACCAAAAUUGUUUUCUUGUGAGGGAAAUAAAUGCGUAACUCUGAAACUUAGUCUUAGGGCACUGGAGCUGCAUUUUAAAGAUGCAAUUCUGAUGACUGAUAUAUCAUAAUAUCUUCUUAUCACAUUAUACCUGGUCAAUCCAUGUUAAUAGCAUCUGUAUUGUAUUUUGAUAAGAUUUUACCUGCAUACAUUUGCUCUCUGUAGUCAGUUGUGUGUUCCGUUAUUAUUUGUUUUAAAUGUUUCUGAGACCACUUCCUGAAGUGGUUCGAGUAAUCUGAUGUGUGUCUGUUUUAAACGCAUUACAGACCACCUUCUAAAGUGGUUUAAAUGAUUGGAUUAGUAUCUGUAUAAUGUUUUUCAAACCACCUCCUGAAGUAGUUUGAUUAAUCAGAUCAGAUGGUUUGAGAUCUGGAUUUCUAUUAGUUUUAAAUGCAUCUCUUCAGGUGGUUUGAGUGAUCAGAUUAGUAUGCAUUUUAAAUGCAUCUUGGGUGUGUUUACACUUGCAUUUUUAUGUGGUUUGGUCUUAAUCAGAUAUAAUCCUAAUGCGUAAGUUGCAUGAAUUGAUCAGGUGUAAACUGGGUCUUGGUUUAAUGGUUAAGACUCUGUUAUGUGAACCAUUUGACUUUGUUUACAAUGAAAAAAGGACGUUAACGCUGUUGAGGCCUUGACUGUGUUUGCCUUUAUAUCUAUAGCUGGGGUUCCUAUCCCUGGUCCCACAGGAACCUAUUCUCUGUACAUUUUAGAGUUUACCCGUAUAUUUAUUUUACCUUUAUAUAUAUUUAUUUUACCUUUUUUUUGGCAAUAAGAGCCUGGCUUUUAACACAUCUAGUCCUGAUAAUCAGCUCAAUCAGAAGUGAAGUCCAUUAAGAUCACCUAUUUCUUUUAGAAAGUGGCUAUUAAGAAUAUCAAACCUUUCAAAUCAUGGUUACUACUAAGUUGCUUUCACAAGUACAUUCUUAAAAACGAAGGUGCUUCGUACGGUUGUAUGAGCUAAGCCAUAGAAGAACCAUGAAACCAGAACUGUGUUUGUAAUUGAAAUGUGUGAUAACGGAACAAGAUCUGAACAAUCUUCUCUAUAUGUUAAAGUUAUUUAACAGUUUGAAAGGUUUUUCAGACUUUUAUAUCUUCAGUAUAAACAUGGUUCUUUUAGAGAUGAACUACAUGUAUGUGAGGUCCCAUGAGAAGUGGUAAUACCCACAGUUUCACUAUAUUGCACAUUGUGUUAUCAGACUGUUCAUUUGCUUUUUUUAUCUUGGUUUUUGUUAUUUGUAUGAUUCUGUACUCUUUUGUUAAGCACUAUUGUAAAAGAUGCCUCAUUGUCUUAUGCUGAAUAUUCUGUAUGAGAGAAUAUAUGAUCUAAUGCAA